UGUGUGCCUUGGAAGAAAACAAUCUGUUAAGAUUGGUAGAGUUUGUGGAGUACUUGAUGAGAUGAAGGAAUCUAAAUUUGAGAUAGAGAAGCUAUUCCAGCAUAUCACAUUUAGUUCAUCACAAAGAGAGAGUAUUAUGAGAGCAAUUGUUGCUGUGAACCCAGACUAUAAACCUGAAGGAAAUCAACUCACAAGUAUUUGUAAUGUACCACUCUUAGAAAAUAUUUACCGCAGCAAAGAGAGCUUGGAAGAGGAGGUGGAGAAGGAUGCUUCCAGGAACAACAGGAGUGGAUAUCAUUGUUUGUUUGAUUCACAACAAUUACAGAAAGCUGUAAGACGACAGAUAAAUAUAGAACUAGGUGGUGGUAUGAAAGUCAAAUCAAUUGAAUCGCCAGAAAUUCUAUCCAAUGAUUCUGUUAAAAAGGGUAGAAUACUUGAAGAACACGUUGAAAUGUGGAGACAAGUGUUGAAGUCAUCAUUCAUGUCAUUCAGAACUAAAAAGACAGGGCACAAGUGGAAGAUGGAUCCAUUUUAUUUCGUUCUUCAGCCUGACGAAUACAUUGAAGUGUUAUUGAAUUACAUCCCCCAGAUAGCGUCGAGUACAGAGGGUGAAUCGUUACUGUCAGCAUCCAAUGAAAUAGGAUCCCGACUUUUCAAAAAAUAUGAUUUACAGCAUAAACAGAAGAGUGGCUUAGCGGAUAAGAUCAGUGAUAUGUACAAGGACUACGUGGCUGCAACAUUGGAUGAUGAUUUGAUGACAAAAUAUCAAUACCGUGAAUACUGGCAGAAACUUGACAAUGAAGGCUCAUGGGGGCCAAGCUUGGACUAUGAAGCCUUACCAUGGGGUAGAGGUUUAAUUAUCCUUGGUAUAAAGCUAACAGAGCUGCUGUUGAAAGAAAUCAAAAUAGAUGUCGGCAAGAUAACAGGCAAAAAAGAAAAGAAAAUGAUACCAGCUUUUUAUCACAUGUAUGCAUACCGUAAUAUCAAACAGGUUGGAUUUUUGAAGCCACAUCCAAUGUUAGUUGAUCUAAUCAAAGAGGUAGACCAAUCGGAUUUAUGGUUUGAUAGUGAGGUCUUACCAAUGUUAUCACCGCCGUUGCCAUGGAAUUCGAUCAAACAUGGCGGCUAUUUGCUAACGUCUA